AUGUUUGGUUGCUGCAAGCCUGACUGUCACUUUGAGUUCAAAGUUGUGAACGUCACUCUACACGUGACACCGGCUUGCAUCAUGAGGAAGACCUCAUAUGUCGUUACUUUCGCCGUUGUGGCACUCAUCCUCGCAUUUAACGUAAUUUCCACCCGCCGACCAGACUGGCUUGUCGUCAAGUACGAAGAGAUCUUCCAUACCAGAGUCACCGUAACAUACGGUCUCACCCAACGCUGCGAGCUCACCGUUUCGGAGAUACCUAGUCCCUCCGACGGUGGAAAGAUCACAUACAGGAAGUAUGAAUGCAGACGCUUCCCUGCCAGUGUAACCGACGGCUGCGACAAGGAGAACGAGGCGUUCUGUGCCGCUUGGACGAGUGCAGGAUACCUCGCACAGAUCGGCAUCGGCUUUGGCAGCGUCUCCCUACUGGCGAUCUUGGUGGGCGUGAGCACGCACUCACGCAGGAGGAGGAUAUGGAGAGCAGUUGCUGGCUUGGUUCUCUUGCAGGCCAUCUGCCUACUCUUCGCUUUCGUGAUUGUGACAGAAUUGUACAGGAAAGAAAGCUACCCAACAUUUGAGCAUGCCCGACCAGGGCUCGCCUACGUCCUCCAUACGAUCUCCUGGGUUGUCGCCAUCCUGACCACCAUCGGGGUGAUUACGACGGGCAUUUCUGCAGAUGUUGGCCACCAGUGGGCCGCCGGAAACCGGGCAUACCAACGCAUUGGACCUUGA